AUGAUCAGGAAGCCACUUAUUGAUCUCCUUGCAAUCACCUUCAGUAAAGGAAUUACAAUUAUUUUUCCAAUCCCAAUCACUAGUUCCUUAAUGAUUAUUGUUCAAAAUUAUUUAGAAUAAAGAAAUUAAAAGCAGUGAAAGCUACAAAAUAACACAAAACAAAACCACUCCCACAAAGCUACUUCUUCUUCAAGGACAACUCAAACCGCCCUAUAUAACUAAACCAGUUCACUUUUUCUUGAUUUCAGACAAAACCCCCCUCCACAACUCCAUCAAGUCCUCUAAAACCCCCCUCCCCCCUUCUUUCAUGGCUUGAACUAAAAAUUCAAUCUUUUUCACAUAUGGGUUUACCAAAAAGAUUUCAUCUUUCUAUUCUAUUUGUUCCUCUGACUUUGCUAAACAUUUUUGGGUUUUUUGUAUUACCCACCAGUGCUGCUACUGAUUACACUGAUUUGAUCUUUAAGGGUUGUGCAGAGCAGAAAACCCAGGACCCAUCUGGUAUUUUCUCUCAAAACUUAAAAAACCUUUUGGUUUCUUUGGUUUCACAAUCAUCACAGAAAAGUUUCUCCACAACAACUUAUGGUGAUGGCCAAAAUGCCAUUAUAGGGCUAUAUCAAUGCAGAGGAGAUCUAACAACCAAUCAGUGCUAUUCAUGUGUCAACAAAAUUCCAGAUAUGGUUAAAAAACUUUGUGGUGAAGUCAUAGCAGCUAGGGUUCAAUUAAAUGGGUGUUAUUUAAGUUAUGAGAUUGUUGGGUUUAAGCAGACUUCAGGUACUCAGUUGCUAUACAAGGUUUGUGGGUCAAAGCAAGCUAGUGAGUCUGGAUUUGAAGAGAUGAGAAGCACUGCUUUUGAUUCAUUGGUGAAUGGAAUCAAAAAUGGGUUUUAUACUGGGAAUUAUCAGACAAUUUAUGUUUUAGGGCAAUGUGAAGGUGAUUUAUCAAGCGGUGAUUGUGGGGAUUGUGUAAAGAGUGCUGUGCAGAAUGUGAAAGAUCAGUGUGGUGAUUCAAUUUCUGGGCAAGUGUAUCUCCAUAAGUGCUUUAUUAGCUAUAGUUACUACCCAAAUGGAGUACCUACUAUUAAUUCAGCAUCAGGUAAAGAAGUAGUAGGGACAAAGCAACAUACACAAAGAACAGUGGCCAUUGCAGUUGGAGGAGUAGCAGCUUUGGGGUUUCUAAUUGUCUGUUUGAUGUUUGUUAGGUCUUUAUUGAAGAAGCGCAAGAGCAGUAAAUAUGAUAGUUGGAAUUGACUCGUUCUUUCCAUUUCCAUUCUCCAUUCCUCAAUCUUCAUACCAGCUUUUAUCUUUGUACUGAAAAAAGGAAAAAACCAGAAAAUUUUUAGUUUUAGUGUUAUAUAUAUAUAUAUAGAUAUAUACAUGGAAAUUUGUUCUUGUGAUUUUGUGCAGACUAUAUGAUUAUCAGUGGGUUUUGAAGGUUCCAACGUUAGUGGUGGAUGUGGGUCUAGUUUUUGUGGAAAGAAGAAAAAAACAACCGAAAAGCAAAGUUAGGGCAGGAUUUUAUUAGAGAAAGUGAAAGGAUUUAUGUAUAUUAUGUCCCUUGUUUGCAUAUGCAUUUUUAACUUUAUUUGGCACUUCCUUUUCAAUACUGAAAUGAAUCAAUACUUAAUCAAUA